ACAACUGUCAUCAGCGAAAACAAUGGCGACUAGUAAAAAGGAAAGGGAGCAGAAAUUUUCCUUGGAUGAUUGUAUUAUCCUCUGCAAUUUGAUGGCAGAAGACUGUGGAUUGAACGGAUUAAGCAACCAUGAGCUUUUAAAACACCGAUUUACUGAAGGAAUAACAAGCCAGACAAAAAAGAAGAUGUGGGCAAGAGUGUCGGACAUGUAUAAUGUAAAAGCGAGCAAGACAAGAUCAGCUGACAAGCUUGAAAAAAAGUGGCUCAACCUAGUGGCCAAGCAUCGAAUAAUCUACACGGAUUACGUGAGAGACCGUGCACUGACUGGAGGAGGUUGUUUGCAAAAAAAUCUGGACAUCGUGACAGAGGCGAUCAUGAACGUGAUAGGCAUUGAGUCGCCUUCAAUCGCUGGUGCUGCAGGUGUGGCACUUGACUCCAGCUUCAGUCAGUUGGAGACUUUAUCAGCUGUAGCAAUACCUUCCCAUGAACAAUACAUGGAAGUGGUUUCAGGGCCAAGUCAAACAGUGGAUUAUGGUAGCAGAUGUCACUGCAGCUGUCACAGAAAUGACCAAUUUCAGGAGAUGUCUAUGGAGCAACUGAAAAGAAAAAAGAUCAUUCUGGAAAUUAAGCUGUUAACGCAAAGGCUGCAGUCACAAUAAAUGUUUUUUUUAUGUCCCCCACUAUAGUAGUGGGGGACAUAUUGUUUUUGCCCUGUCUGUCUGUUGGUCCGUUGGUCUGUCUGUCUGUUUGCGCCAACUUUAACAUUUUGCAAUAACUUUUGCUAUAUUGAAGAUAGCAACUUCAUAUUUGGCAUGCAUUUGUAUCUCAUGAAGCUGCACAUUUUGAGUGGUGAAAGGUCAAGGUCAAGGUCAUCCUUCAAGGUCAGAGGUCAAAUAUAUGUGGCCAAAAUCGCUAAUUUUAUGAAUACUUUUGCAAUAUUGAAGAUAGCAACUUGAUAUUUGGCAUGCAUGUGUAUCUGUUGGAGAUGCAGAUUUUGAGUGGUGAAAGCUCAAGGUCAAGGUCAUCCUUCAAGGUCAGAGGUCAAAUAUAUGUGGCCCAAAUCGCUUAUUUUAUAAAUACUUUUGCAAUAUUGAAGAUAGCAACUUGAUAUUUGGCAUGCAUGUGCAUCUCAUGGAUCUGCACAUUUUGAGUGGUGAAAGGUCAAGGUCAUCCUUCAAUGUCAGAGGUCAAAUAUAUGUGGCCCAAAUCGCUUAUUUUAUGAAUUCUUUUGCAAUAUUGAACAUAGCAACUUGAUAUUUGGCAUGCAUGUGUAUCUCAUGGAGCUGCACAUUUUGAGUGGUGAAAGGUCAAUGCCAAGGUCAUCCUUCACAAGGUCAAGGGCAUCCUUCAAAAUUCUUAGUCCAUAAAAGAAUUAAAUACUUUUUAAAAUAGC